CCACCACGUAUAUAUACAACUGCACGCUAAACCAAAAAUCAUCAGAGAGAUCCUCACCAUACCUAUCACAAGGAAAAAUGGCCAAAGUGUGUUUGCUCUUGCCGGCUCUGUUGGUGCUCAGUUCUAUGGGCCACGUGGAACCAUCAGAGAAUCAGCGCCUCUUCAGACAUGCGGCAGAUCGCAUGAAGUCCUUGCAUCUGAUGGCUGUGAACAUGAUCAGCGACUUUGAGAACAGCCUGGACUUUGAUGACCGCGUAGAGAUAGGCAGCAACUUCCUGUUGUCCAACUGCUUCUCCGACUCCAUCCAGGCCCCAACCAACAGGGAGGAGAUUCAGAAGAGUACCCUACUGAAGGUUCUACGCAUCUCCUACCAGCUACUGGUGUCGUGGGAGUACCCCAGCCAGGCUUUUAGUGGAACCUUAACCAACAGCCUGAAGCCCAACGCCAUCACAGACAGACUCACUGAUCUGAAAAUGGGUCUCCGCAUCAUUAUCAUGGAGCACUUGACUGGCCAGUCCACUGUUGAGGAGUACUUAUCGGCACCUGCAGUCUUUGACGAGUCUUACCUGAAUGAUGGUGCCCCGGGGAAGAUCUACUCUCUGAUGGCCUGCUUCAGACGGGACAUCCACCGUGUGGAGACCUUCCUUAGGGUCGCCCACUGCCGUGUGUCCCCCAAGGAAUACAGAGAAGAUCCUACACCCAUCCUCACCUGCAAAAUGACUAAAGGGAGCUUGUUGUUGCUGCUACUGCUGCUGAGUAUGACUGGAAAUGGUGCAGUGGCUAUCAAUAGUCAGCAUCUUUUCAACAACGCCGUCAUUCGUGUGCAAGUCCUGCACCAGUUGGCUGCGAGAAUGAUCAAUGACUUUGAGGAGAGCCUGUUCCCGGAAGACCGCAAGGCUCUGAGUAGGAUCUUCCCCCUAUCUCACUGCAUCUCGGACAACAUCCCAGCCCCCAGCGACAAGGACGAGACCCAGAGGAGCUCCGUUCUCAGGUUGCUCCGCACAUCGCUCCGGCUCAUCGAGACGUGGGAAUACCCAAGCCAGGCUUUCAGUGGGGCCUUUUUUAAUAGCCUGGGGCCCAACGCCAUCUCAGAAAAGCUCAACGACCUUAAGAUGGGUGUCAGCUUGCUCAUUGGGGCCUACCUGAAUGGUCAACCUGACAUGCAGGGCAAUGACUCUCUGCCCCUGCCCUUUGAGGACUUCUACCUGACCCUGGAUGACAAUGACCUGAGCAAGAGCUACCGCCUUAUGGCCUGUUUCCGCAAGGACAUGCACCGCGUGGAGACCUUCAUCACCAUGGCCAGGUGCCGAAGGUCCCCAGACACCAACUGCACCCUCUGAAAGCAGCCGGGUGACCAGGGACACCUUGCCAAACCACCAACCAACAGGCCCAACACCGAUGGCCACAAUCCACUGAUAGUUCUUUAUACCCUCUACAACUUUUCUUAUUUUUUAAAACUAUUAUUAUGAGGGGGGGUGGUCAUCACACUGGAGAUCUAGUUUGAAUUAAAAUUGUUAUUUUUAAAUGGUAUCCCCAGAUCAUAGUGGAAUCUGGAAUCGGAUUUAGAUCUGAUCA